GUUCGGACGCGGCCAAGCAAACACAGUGUCGAAUUUUUCCUAAAUUCAGAAAAGGAACCCAAACAUUCGUGUGGCUAUUUGCACCUAAAAAGAGUUAUCAAUUUGAUUCGGCGCGUAUGGUUUUACGCCUGCGCUUCUUGUUUUUUGCGCAGUUUGUUAUUGUUUUAAUUCGUAUGGAUCAUCAAAGUGGGUGGCAUUCUCGCAUCAAAUGACACGGACACCGGCAGGAACGGCCGCCUAAGGCUAGGAAUACCGCUUCCAAAAACGCGCUUCGAUAGUUUGCAAAUAAAAUAAACGGCAAAACGCAACAGGCAACAACGCGAACGCGUCUUUUUGGCUUGAAAAGGGCAUUCGGGAAGGCAGGAAAAUUCAAGCCAAUAAAAGAUACAUACAAGAAAAAAUGCAAAGAGUGCGCGAAAAUUGAAUGCGUGUGCGAGCGUGUUAGUGUGUGCUCGUGUGUGUCUGCAGCCAUAAAACAAACAAAUAAAACUAGUGUGAAAAAUAAUUUGUGUGUUUUGUGUUGUUUAAACAAUUAGCCGCAAAAACCCUCGCGUCUCUCACUGUGUCCGUGUGUACGUGUGUGUGUAUCCCUGGAAUGCGGCAGUCGGCGGCGCAUGCGCAAAUAUUUGUGAUUUGUUUUUGUUUGCGCGCAGAAGCUAAAAGAGAGGGAGCGAGAGGCGGAGAGAGUGAAACGGGAAGCCAACAUUGGAGUACCACAUCGAUAUCGAUGGCCGUUUGCAUAAGGUCUCUGAGGUCGUAGACACCACUUAAAGACAACUAAAAGGAAACAAAAAAGAAAAAAAAAAACCGAAAAUAUAAGACAAGGCAAACAAGGAACCGACUCAAAAAUGUCCGGCAAUCAACAGCAGCAACAAAACCAGCAGAAGACAUUAACCACAACAACAUUAACAGCAGCAGUAGCAGCAGCAGCAGCAGCAACAACAAACGGAACAACCACUUUGAACAAUAAUUUGAUAAAAACAAAUAGCGUUGACAAAAUUAUAAGCAAAACAGCGACGCAGGCAAUUAGCAAGCAACAGCAGCAGCAGCAGCAGCAACAGCAGCUACCAAGACGCUCUUUGUUGCCACCAACAGCAGCAGCUACAUUACAGCAGCAACAGCAGACAGUGCCACACUCAACGCAGCAACAAAGCGUAACGACAGCAGGAAAGAAGCAGCAGCAGCAGCAGCAACAACAAUCACAUCAAUUGCAGACUGUGGCCACAAUCCAUCAGCCACACUCCACGCAACAGCAACAGCAGCAGCAGCAGCAACAUCAUCAUCAGACAUUGACUUCUCGCUUGCCCAUACAACAGCAAUCCACUAAAGAAUUGCCCAAUCUUGCAACACAUCAACAGCAGCAGCACCAGCAGCAGCAUCAACGUCGCAGCUUCUACCAAUUGCAGCAGCAGCAGCAGCAGCACUCCCUUCGCAGUCCAAACCUUAAGGCACCAGCACCCGCACACUCCAUACCACCUAGAUACCAGCCACCGCCACAGCCAGGCACGGGGAUACUGAAACCACAUUUGCCCAUUAAAUAUCCGCCGGAUAUACCCCAGCUAUCCAACAUCUACAUACCAGACUCGCUCAAGCAACAGCAGCAGCAGCAGCAUCCACAGCAAACACGCUAUCUGCAACAUCCGGCUGUUUUAAAGGGAGGAGCACAGGAUAUGCUGAAGUUUGUACGCAAGCCGGAACAGGAACAUCCAUCGCCCAAUGCCUCGGUCACGUCCAGCGGCACUGGUAUACCCACGGCCAAUGGAGGUGGACGCCUGACGGUGGAACAGAAUCGCCAGCUGCAGUCGCUGGUGAAUGAGCUUCGCACCCUCAAGGAGCAGAAUCAGCGGCUGCUGGAUGACAACCAGGAGCUGAGGGAUCUGUGCUGUUUCCUGGAUGACGAUCGGCAGAAGGGACGCAAGUUGGCCAGGGAAUGGCAACGCUUUGGUCGUUACACGGCCAGUGUAAUGCGCCAAGAGGUGGCUGCCUAUCAGAACAAACUACGUCAGUUGGAUGACAAACAGCAAGAGCUAAUCACCGACAAUCUGGAGCUGAAGGAGCUCUGCCUGUACUUGGACGAGGAGCGUGCCCAUGUGGCUGCCAAUGCGCUGUGCGCCGGGUGUGGUGCGGCCACCAGGAAUGCCCUGCGCGACGACGGCGACGGCUCCAGCUCCAGCACCCAAGCGGAUGAGACCAUCACAGCCUUGCGAAACUAUGCUGAGCAGCGCCAACUCCCCCAGGAUCUACGUCAUGCCCACACGCUGAACGAUCAGACGCUUCAGUAUGUGCGCUCGCUGGAACGACGCAUCCAGCAGCUGGAGGAGGAACGCACCACGCCAACAGCCCAUAUGCAGCAGCCCACGCCCACGCCUCAGGCCGCCACACCAACGCCACAGCCAGCCACAGCACCAGCCAAAUCAGCGCCCUCGCCCCAUCAGCAGGAGAUCAACAGCAGCAGCAGCAGCCAACAGCAGGCGGUGGCUGCAGCAGCGGCAGCCGCAGCGGCCAUACAGCUGCCAGAACCGAUUGCUGGCCGUCCGGAGGCGGUGGUGCGGGCCCUCCAAGUGCUGGAGGUGCGAGAGCAACUGGAACGCGACCGACUGGGCAAUUUGGCUGGCAGUGCCCUCGAUCAGAUGGACGAUGGCGAGAAGGCGCUGGUGCGCGAGAUGUGCAACGUGGUCUGGCGCAAACUGGAGGGCAGUCCGCACGGACCCGCUGCCCUGGAGCCGCUCUAAGCACACCCACACAGAAACACACACACAGAACCUAAACCGGGCUAACACUUAGACAUAAGUAAACAUUUAAUCCUAACUUAUCCGUAAUAUUUAAUCCUAAAACAUUGUACAAAGUUCAAACCACAACCUAAGCUUAAGACCCGAGAGACCACAAAAAAGCGAAAGAAUACUCAAAAAAAUGUUUCAGAGUACGCCAUCAACGGAUGCUAAAUCAUGGGAUAGGUAUAUUGUGUUCCCCUAACAGUACUUGUAUAGUGAUUCAGCUUUGAAAUCGAGCUUUAACUGGUCUUAAAGCUAACCGAUUUGGAUGCGAAUCGAUCGCACUGCUCUGCUCUGCUCUGCUCAACUCAACUGAAAGGAUGACUCCACAAAAUCAAAUAAUCAACUCCAUUGUUGUUUAUUUUCGAUUUAGAGGAAACUUUCCAAUGCCGAUCAUUUCAUAGGAUCACUUUUUUUAAUUAAUCUAAAGUAGCUACCCCGACGAUGAUGUGGAUGAUGAUCUGUUUUUCUGUUGAUGGCCGUAUUCUCAUAACUAUUUUUUUUUACAAUUAUUGUAAACUUUGACUGUUAUUUUUGAGGAAAUACUAAUGUCUUUGCUAAAUCAAAAUACAAAA